AUGGCCAAGUUCGAUUUGAUUAUCACUAAUGGGAAGGUCGUCAGCGCCUCCGAUAUCAGUGCUUGCUGUAUCGGAGUCAAAGAUGGCAAAGUCCGAACACUGAUAGACUCUUUUGACCCAGAGGAGAUGGAAGGAGCUCGAGUCAUAGAUGCCCAAGGCGCCUAUGUCAUGCCAGGAGGUAUCGACGCUCAUGUGCAUCUGUCUCAAGAUCUGAAAACAGGUCCUCAUGGUCUGGGAGGUGAAUGUUCCGAUAAUUUCGAGACUGGAUCUAAAAGUGCUGCUGCCGGUGGUACUACGACCAUCAUUACUUUCGCAACCCAAACUCGUGCAGAAGAAGACAGAAGUCUUAUCAAUGUUGUGAAAGCAUAUAAUGCCCGUGCGGAGGCGACUGGCAGCUAUGUUGAUUAUGGUUUCCACAUAAUAAUUGUGAGAAAUGAUGCUGAUGUGCUGGAAGAGGAGAUGCCUGUUCUGAUGAAGGACUGGGGUAUCAGUAGCUGCAAGCUGUUCUUGACUUAUGAAACACAGCGUAUGACUGACUCACAACUUUUGGAUGUCAUGUUUGCUGCUAAAAAGAAUUCUAUGACCACGAUGAUCCAUGCCGAGAAUGGGGAUAUGAUUCAAUGGUUGACAGAAAAACUUGAAAGCAAAGGGAUGGUCGCACCGUAUUACCACGCACUAUCCCGUCCUGCCCUCGUUGAGGGGGAGGCAACUAAUCGAGCAAUUGCUUUAGCUCAAUUGAUCCAGAACCCAAUCCUCUUUGUUCAUGUUGGAUCUGCACUCGGAGCCGCAAAUGUUCGCCGAGCACAAACCAUGGGACUUCCCGUCUAUGCAGAGACAUGUCCUCAAUAUUUCCACUUGACAUGGGAAGACUUGAAACGAUUUCAUUCUCCUACUUGCUUUGAGAACAGCAAGAUGAUCUGUUCUCCACCACCACCGCCGGACACAUCUGAUCAAGAAGAACUUUUUGUGGGCCUUGAAAAUGGCACAUUCACCAUCUAUUCUUCUGACCAUUGUCCAUUCCGUUACGAUCAUCCCAAUGGCAAACCCUCUGGUGUCCUUGAAGACGCAGCGAGUAUGGAGGGUGAGCAUCAUUGCACUGGCAAAGAGCUACAAGAUCUCCUUGAGCGUAAGCAAGGAGCAUUCAGACUGAUUCCAAAUGGGAUCCCGGGAGUUGAGACUAGACUGCCACUAUUGUAUACCGGAGCGUUAUCUACUGGGCGGAUUACUCCACAAAAAUUUGUAGAGCUGACAUCGACAAAUCCUGCGAAGCUGUAUGGACUAUAUCCUAAGAAGGGGGCAAUUAUGCCUGGCUCAGACGCCGAUUUUGUUAUUUGGCACCCAGAGGAAGUCUUUCAAAGCUUGAAAUUGACAAACGAUAUGCUUCACCAUAAUGUUGACUAUACACCUUAUGAAGGCAUGGAAUUUUCCAAUUGGCCACGAUAUACUAUUCUCCGAGGCCAGGUUAUUUGGGAAGAUGGUAAAAUCAAAGGCAAAGCAGGAGAUGGUGAGUAUCUUAGACGUGGGCCCAGUCAACUUAGGCGAGGGAUUUCCAAGGCCACGAAGGAUCCUCGCCGUGUGGCAGGUUGGCUGUAUGAGUGA